AUGGAAUAUACUUGGCACAUGGAAGAACCAGGCAAUCAAGAGGAUUCAAGAGUCAAUAGAUUACAAGGAAGAAAUCAAGGUCCGGGACUGAUAGACGAGUUGGAGGCAUUCAUGGCCCCCGUCGGCGAAGGCUGUUAUCCACCGCAGCCGCUCGAUGCACGCCGAAUCGGGGGCCAUCAACUGCCAGAAAGUCCACCAGACUCCGGAUCAGAAAAUCCUUACAGUCCUUCAGAGACACAAGUGUCCCACACGAUAGCGGUUACACAAACCGCCCUGGGCGCAGAUUACAUGCUGGUCCAUGAACCCAUUUCCACUCACGAGAUCCUUCAACAAAGUGGUGACUAUAUAUACGAGGAGCUUAAGUCGGAUAACCUGGACCAUGAAGUCCUGAGGACCAAUCUUAAUGACGUAGUAGUUUUACCACAAGACCCCAACAUUGUUGAGUUGGGGAUAAGGACGGUACGUCACGAUUUAGGGCUGGACCCAAUCACGUAUCAAAAUCGAUACAAUCAGAUAAGAGUCGAAAUGCCAGAACUGGAGCAGGGCAUGAUAAACCCACAGCUGGUUGCUUUGGGUCACGACACUUUGACCCCUGUGUAUACCAACCUACAAGAACCCAGUGGGAAGAAGAGGAAACAUUCACAGGAUAUUAAAUGUGAGCCAGCGGCGUUAUCACCAGAAAGUGUCAACCAUAAUGUGCGACCAGCGCCGCCAUCAGUGGACGGCUCUGAGGCCGGUGAUGAUGUACCAUUACAAUGCAUCAGAUUCGCGCCUUUCCAGCAGGCUUCCUGGCACUUACUGUAUGACUGUAACCUCAAACCGCUCCCAACUCCCUCCUACGUGGUUGGAGCGGACAAAGGUUUCAACUACUCGCAGAUCGAUGAGGCAUUCGUCUGCCAAAAGAAGAACCACUUCCAGGUCACCUGCCAGAUACAAGUGCAGGGCGAGGCGCAAUAUGUUAAGACAACGGAAGGAUUUCAGAUGAUUAAGAAUAUGUGUUUACAUUUCUACGGCGUAAAGGCUGAGGACCCAACUCAGGAAGUCAGAGUUGAACAAAGUCAAUCAGAUAGAACAAAGAAACCUUUUCAUCCAGUACCAGUUGAACUCCGGCGUGAGGGGGCCAAAGUUACAGUCGGACGUCUCCACUUCGCGGAAACGACGAACAACAACAUGCGCAAGAAAGGCCGUCCGAACCCCGACCAGCGCCAUUUCCAGCUAGUGGUGGCGCUACGAGCGCACGCAACGCGCGACGAUUACAUGAUCGCCGCGCACGCGAGCGACCGGAUUAUCGUACGGGCCUCGAACCCCGGGCAAUUCGAAUCGGACUGCUCGGAGAACUGGUGGCAGCGUGGCGUAUCGGACAACAGCGUGCACUACAACGGGCGCGUCGGCAUUAACACGGACCGCCCCGACGAGUCUUGCGUUAUUAACGGCAAUUUAAAAGUUAUGGGCCACAUAGUGCACCCAUCAGACGCCCGCGCUAAGCACAAUAUCGAAGAGCUGGACACUGCGCAACAGCUUCGUAACGUACAAAGCAUACGGGUGGUUAAGUUCAACUAUGACCCAUCGUUCGCGGAGCAUUCAGGGCUGCUGGGUCACGACCCGCGACGGGCAGCGCCGCACGCCGACACCGGCGUCAUCGCCCAGGAAGUGCGAACAGUACUGCCCGAGGCCGUCAAAGAAGCGGGCGACAUUACGCUGCCUAACGGCGACACCAUCCCCAAAUUCCUCGUCGUCAACAAGGAUCGUAUCUUCAUGGAGAACCUUGGAGCAGUGAAAGAGCUUUGCAAGGUGACGGGUCAUUUAGAGUCUCGCAUUGAACAGUUGGAACGUGUCAGCAAGCGUCUUCACCGCAGAGAUAGCAACCGUUCCAGCCUUAGCAAUGAUUCACGUUUCUCUGGCUUGUCGACUUCAUCGAAAUCAUUUUAUAGUGAUGGCAAUAUUUCCAUAGAUCAAAUACGAGAUAUAGCGCGAAAUAUCCGCCGUCACGAAUACUGCCAUAAAUUGAGUCACAAUUCCCCGAAAUACACUAGAAAGCAAUGCAAAAACUGCCACGGAAAUUAUGCUAAAUAUGGAAAAUAUUAUAACUAUAACAAGACCUGUGUAAGAUACCAUUCAAGCAAAAGUGACAAAGUCGAAAGCUCUGACAAUUAUCCUACGUAUGUGAGCACCUUAGAGUCAAACCCAGUCCAAAAAUUGACGGAUGAAAAUUAUAGCACUCUAUCAAAACAAAAAGACUCGUGUCUUUGGCUUAGGGACGAGGACAGUUUGCCGUAUGGCAACAAUAAAUUACCAUUCUGUUGCCGACGGAAGGAUCGAUUUGGGGAUGCCAGCAGUGAAUUGAUUUCGAAUAAGUUUUUGCAAAUUGUUAUCACUAUAUUAAUUUUUAUUAUGGCUAUAUGCCUGGUUGUUAUGACUGCAUUAUACUUUAGAGAACACCAGGAACUAAUAUCCAUGAAGGAGAUUAGAAUGCACGAGAAAUUUUCGAACUACCCGCAUUACGGUAAAUUUAAUGCCAAUGGUGGUCCGGCUCACAGGGCAACGCCCUCUGAUCAAAAUCAAAUUCAGAACUCUAAACCAUCGCAACACGCAGCUGCAAAGAAAACUGCCAAAGAGAAAGGACCACUUAAGACCACGCAAGAGUACACAACAACAACUACAGAUACAUCGCACUCCUCGACAACAAUCAGCCACGCCUCAAGGAACUACGUGAGGAACGUGCUUAAUAUGGAGCCAUCACCGCAGCCGUUGCGCAUGGAGAGACUCAUAUCGCUGUCUCGAGUAGCCGAUGUAGUUGGAAGUGGUUGCACCUUUACAGUGAACACCGAUAACGAACUGGACGCUGAAUGUCAGUCCUGUGGUCUCGAUACACCCCAAACUUACGAAAAUCAAGAACCCUUAGAGCGCUCCAGUUCGGAAAAAGACCUAAACGAAACAUUUGCACGGCCCUUAGAGAUAACUCUUAAAGAAUUACCAAGCAUCCCAGUUAUCCUAGAGAAAAACAACUCUGAUACAUUAAAGAAAGAAAACGAGUCGCUUAGGAGUCAGAUACAAGAGGAAAUACUUGCUGAGUCAAAUUGGUUAGAACCGAAUAAACAAAAUAGCACUGAGGUAAGGAUGAGAAGGGAAAUAAGAGGAAAGGAUAUGAGAGGGAAGCGGGAAGUGAGGGAGACAAAUGAAGCCCUACUGAGAAGCAGUUCUGAAGAGAUGAUAUUGACAGAGCAGUCAGAUGAAGUGCCCUUAGGUCAAGAGUGCGAGAGCGUGAGCGUUGGCCUGUCCAGCAAAUCGGUGCUGAAUGCCUCGUUGUUUACGGAGACGGUCUGCGGGCGCGGCGUGCACAACUAUACGUACGGCGUCCCUUUGUCGCACUGUCUGCAUCACAAGCACGUUGACAUCACUUUCAGAACUUCAAAACUGAAAGAGAUAAGACUCUGUGACCUUCACUGCAAAUACGAUACCUUAAAGAACUGUCAACUUAACCGAGAGAUAGCCAAACCUGUACCCUCAGGAGACAUUUGGACCUCAAAGAUGACUCUGGAUUGUAAUAUGGAUCGGCAUAUGAAAAUCCGAGCUAGUUUCACGCCGUUAAAGGACCUGUGCUACCUGAGUUCUGAACAAAAGAUACCGUUUGUCGAGUACAACAUUCACAUUUAUAGAGAUUGUCGUAACAAUUAA